AUGUCGAUUCAUUUUGGCUUGGUUCGACGAAACCCUAUUCCACUUUUUGUGUUAGCCAGAGGGUUUCAAACCACUUCUAGUUUGUCAAGUGCCGUAGAACACUGGUGGGGUCCUGAGAGAGCUGCAGGGAGAGAAGAAGUUGGACAUGGAGCUCUAGGAGACCCGGUUUAUCAAGAUAGAUACGAUUACUGGUACCCAGCCAUUAGGUUUCGCAAAGAAGAUGAUAUUAUUAAACCUAUUAGAGCCAAAGAAAAAUUAGAUUGGAAGAAUUUAACGAAGGAAGAGAAAAAGUACAGUUUCAAACAAACGUUGUCAGAAUUUGAGGCACCAACCGGGUACUGGAAACUUGUUGUUGCUGCAACUCUGACGUUGACAGCAAUAUCGAUCUUCUACAUGACAUUUAUAAACCAUUAUGCGUACCCUUCUGGACCUGGCACCUUCGAGAACGAGUACAGAGAAAAUAUGUUGAAAAAGCACCUUAUUUUGAACAAAGGAAUACCGGACACUGCUAAUUACGAUUACGAGAAAAACGAAUGGAAACGAUAG